AUGCAGGGCUAUCCCGGCGCAUCCUACGCCUCGUCCUCGUCCGCGGCGCAGCAUCGCGGCCCGCCGCACCCCUCGGCGCCGCUCGCUGCGCCGCCGGGCCACCCGCACGCUGCGCCGCCGAGCCACCCGCACGCUGCGCCGCCGCCGUCCGCCGACGUCGCCUCGCCGCCGGCACGCCCGGCCGCCACCGUGUACCUGGCGACGUACAGCAACGUGCCCGUCUACGAGCUCACCGUGCGCGGCAUCGCCUGCAUGCGCCGCCGUGCCGACGGCUUCCUCAACGCCACGCAGAUCCUCAAGAUCGCCGGCGUCGAAAAGGCGCGCCGCACGAAGAUCCUCGAGCGCGAGAUCCUCACGGGCGAGCACGAGAAGGUGCAGGGCGGGUACGGCAAGUACCAGGGCACAUGGAUUCCGCUCGCGCGUGCCCAGGCUCUCAGCGCUCAGUUCAACGUGACGCACUUCCUGCUGCCGCUGCUCGAGCUUGAUCCGACGGCGCAGGUGCCGCUCGCCGGCCCGCGCCGCCGGCCGAACCCCAACGCACCUGCUGCCAGCAUGUACUACCGCACUGGUCCGGGCGCCGCACAGCUGGCAGCCAAGGCCUCUACUCCAGGCCCUGUGCCUGCCGGCUCGCCGCCGGCGCCGCUCGGACCUGGCACUGGCGGUGCACCUUCACAAGGCCCACGCUUCCUCAGUCUGCGUCCGCCGGCGCCGGGUGCACCACCGAUGAGCGACAUGAGCCCAUCGCGAUCCGACGUCGUGCCGGCCGGCGUGCCUGCCGGCACUGAUGCGCGCUCGAGGGCAGCACUCGAGGCCUUCGCCAGCCACGGCUACACGCCGGCCGGCGUGCAGCUGCCGGACCUCACCGGCUACACCAGCCACAUGCCGCCGACGCAGCCCAGCAACGGCAGCAGCAACAAGCGGCGUGCUCCGAGCGUCUCGCGCGACGACUCGCCCUCUCGCGCUGGGCCUGAUGCCAAGCGCGCCAAGCAGCUCGUCGACGACGGCAGCGCAGCCGAGGCACCUCUGUCCACGCAAGGCCCGUCGCCCGUCAAGGACCUCAACCAGCUCGGCCGCUUCUCGCCGUCGGCAUCGCUGCGUGGAGCCAGGCCCGUGAGCCGCGUGCGGCCUGGUCCGCCAGACAGCUCGGGCCUAGGCAACGGCAGCCGCUUUGCCUCGCGGCCUCACGUCGUGUCCGACUCGGAGCCCGAGCGUCGCGCUCGCGAGCUCAUGACCGAGCUGUUCGUCGACGGCCAGACGGUGCCAGCCGGAUCGCAGGCGCUGGAGAUGCUCCUCGGCGAGCUGCCCGAGGCCUCGGCAGACGUCGUCAUCGACGACCAUGGCCACACUGCAUUGCACUGGGCAGCAGCGCUGGCUCGUCUGCCGCUCGUCGAGCUGCUCCUCUCGCAGGCUCCGCCGCGAGGGGCCGACGUGCAUGCCGGCAACCACGCCGGCGAGACGGCACUGCAGCGAGCAGUGCUCGUGACGAAUGCCUACGAGGCAUCGGUCUUCCCUGCGCUGCUGCAUCUGCUGGGUGCGACGCUGCACACUCGCGACUUCCGCCGGCGCACGAUCCUGCACCACAUCGCGCUCAUAUGCGCGCUUCCGAAGCGUGCGGCCUCUGCGCGCUACUACCUCGCUUGCGUGCUGGACCACCUCACCCGCGUCGAAGGCGGACGCUACGCCUCUCUCGUCGAUGCGCAAGACGAGGACGGCGAGACGGCACUCGGCAUCGUCGCCCGCGGCGGCAAUGGCAGCAUGGUACGCAUGCUUCUCGAAGUCGGCGCUCGCAAAGACAUUGCCAACCAGCUGGGCAUUCGGCCUCGCGACUGGGGCAUCGAGGGCGAGGCGGGCGAGGAGACGUCGGAGCUGGCCAAGGAGCGCCCGGCCGACGCCGUCGCUGCGCUCAAGAGCGUGCCGCCGGCGCCAGUGCAGAAGAGCGCAGACGUGCAGCAGCAGAUGAGCACGGUGCUUGCCGACCUGGCGGAGCUGUCUGCUCACGAGCUGCAGGAGAAGACUGCGGCACUGGAAGUCGUCCGAGCACACCUGCAGGCGGCAACACGCGAGCUCGGCGCUCGCCGUCGUCGGGCUGCCGAGGCGCAGCGCGACGCUGCUGUGCGCGAAGAGACGGGCAUGCGCACCAACAACUUGUGGCGCAUGCUGUACGCCGAGAUGGGCUGGGGCACGCCUGCUCCGUCUGGCGCCAUCGAUGCUCAUGCCCAGGAGCGCGACGCACUGGCACGCACGAGCCUCGACGAGGAGAUGCAGCUGGACCAGGCUGACGCCUCUGGCUGGCCGUUCGACGGCGAGCCGAAGGACGAGCAGGAGCAGCUCGUGCGCCUGCGCUGGCUCAAGAGCUACUACGAGAAGAGCACGGCCAGCCUCGAGGAGCGCAUCGGCAGCCUCGACGGCGAGAGCGUCGUCAAGCAGCGCCAGUGCCGCAAGGUCGUGGCCAUGUGCUGCAACGUGCCCGAGGACCACGUGGAGGAUGUCGUGCUCAGAUCCUCGACGACCUCGUCACGGCCAUCGAGUCUGACCGCAUGGGCGUCGAUCUCGCUCGCCUGGCCGGCUUUCUGCAGCAGGUGAAGCGCAACCCGCAGGCUGGCGGACCGCCAGCGACAUCGACUCGGCACAACCACCACUCGGAGCCCUGAGCGUGGCUCCUUCUCGCCGUCGAUGCGACAGCGCAGGCUGCUCGCCUCUCUGCCGCAGCGACUCUCUGUCUCGCGCGCCGUGCCUCUCUCUGUCACCCUAGCAGCCCCGCCGUCUCCGCUCCAGCCCUCUCCCUGCCUCGCUGCGGACCUGUCCGUUCUCGCCGCCGUUCUGUGUCACAGAAUGCAUGACUUGGACUU